AUGGCAGCUCGUAUGAUCGCAAUGCAGUUUUAUGACGCCGUCCUGUCAGUCCUUACCAUCGCGUUGUGUGUACCGUCAGUCGCCUUGACACCGAGACUGCUUUGGCUGCUCGGCCAGUGGCUGGUAAUCAACCAUGCUGCGAGAACGAUUUGGAUUCUAGUAUCUUCAGUCUUUCUUCUCAAGCAAAUCCGUCAACGUCAUCUGUCUCCCGUCCGCGAAUGCGCAAGUUUCUUUCUGUAUCGGGUGAUGGGUCAGCUGUCAUGGAGAAUCGUGGUUCAGCUGUCAUGGAGCAUCGUCGCUCAAUUACAUGUAGGGAACACUUCGUACGACGAGAUACUUGCAUUCAUCUUCAGCCUUAUCCCCUCUGGAUUAUCCUCAUUGCUUCAUAACUUCACGGUCGUCAAACACUGGAAGCCGGCAUUGUGGACCACCUGGCUUGGCUUCGCCGCACUCCCCAUAUUCCUCAAGGACAACAACAUUCCUGGCUAUCAUGCUGUAAUUAUCAUUUACUCCAACGUCAUUUUGUGGCUUCUGUCGCUGUUGAUUUCUUGUGGCAGGGGUUGGAUCCACACGAGCAGGAAAAAUCGUCCACCCGUCGGCACAGGGGAACAACAGACAAAUGUUAGAGUCAUAGAGAGUACCACAAAGGAUUCACAGCUAGAUGACAGGACAUGCACAACUACGCAUGCUUUGGCACCGUCUCCGCCUACGGCUUUCAGCUACAAGGAUCUCGAAGAUUUGGCACCUGAAGGAAAAGAGAUAAGAAUGCUGACUAUCUUGCAAAGCGACAGCAGCAGUACAUCCGAGCCUCUCAAAUGCAGAAUUCGAAAUGUUGCUACGGACAAAGCACAAGGCUACACGGCUUUGUCUUACGAAUGGGGGUCCGAGAAUGCGACAGCAUGCGUGGAAAUUAAUGGAAAGAUGAUGGCCAUUAGACCGAACCUUCACAAUGCUCUAUGCGUCAUGCGAAAUCAUGGACAUGGAGACAUCUGGGUCGAUGCCAUCUGCAUCGACCAGGAGACAGUAGACGAGGUCAACUCCCAUAUGACAAUUAUCAAGAAAAUCUACCAAGGUGCGGAUCAAGUGGCGGCCUGGCUCGGACCAGCUGCGGACAUGUCUGAUUGGAUCAUGGAUGAGUUGGAAAAGGGGACUCGGGUGGUAGAUAUUGCCCCCAUCCAUCGAAGGCCUGGGUCAGUCGAAGACACGGCGGUCACCAAAUUUCUCACACGGACGUACUGGCAACGUGUAUGGAUUGUCCAAGAGGUGGCCGUGGGCAUGAGAGUGCAGCUGUAUUGUGGAAUGAAGCAAACAGCAUGGAGAAAUCUACGAUGCUUCAGAGAUGAGUGGAAGUCCAGCACCGAUGAAAAACAGGCUUAUCCAUUCGCAAGGACAGUUUAUGAAAUCCGGCAGCACAGAAGGAUUUCUUCUCAACGGCCGAAAAACACGCUCGAGAUACUGGACCUAACUCGGGCGUUCGAGGCAACCAACGAUGAAGACAAAGUUCUUGGUCUUUUGGGACUGGCAGAGGAUUGGGAGUCUUACAAAACCCCGCCCGACUGUUUCCAAGAGCCUCGAUCGUUGUGUCUUUCGAUGACCAAGGGCGUGGUAGAGAAAGAUGAGACGCUCGACAUCAUCUUGCUUGGCCGCACGUAUGGACCCCAAAUACCAUUUCAGAGACGAAAGAAAAAUACGCCUGAUCAACGACAACUUCCGUCCUGGUGUCCCGAUUUUGUCCAUUUCGCACCCACUGUAUCUGAGAAACGACUGAUCUCGUAUUUGGCAGGGCAACCAAUGCAUAUAUUUGGACGCAGAAGUGCGGAUGCCACAGGUUCGAGUUUGACUGGAAAGAUCUCGUUUACGACGGACGGAGACUAUGAUGUUCUGAACGUGCAAGGAGUGGAGAUAGGCUCAAUCACCUCACUGGGAGUAAGCGCCAGCUUGCCAUCUGAACCAGAUCAUAAAUACAGAGAAAUAUGGCAGGACGACUCCUGGGAUGACACAGAGCUGUACAAUACCCUGGGUCAGACUUUAUUGAUGUACGACAAGGACUAUGAUGUGCAUGCCCGGGACCCGACUUUCCUCCUCUGGAUCAUGGAUGAGCGACGAGGCUUCCUCGAGACCGUCUUUAGUGGAGCGGGAACGUCUGCCACCGACGAGGCUCGAAUCAACGAAUGGCUCAAAGCGAAUGCCGACAUGUACAUCCAUGGCGAAACCUUGUGCACAAGAGCGACUUCACUGUCGAGCAAAAUCAGUGGUACUAGCAAUUGGUUCAAGCAUGCUGUGGGAACAGCGAUAGCUUUGGCCCAGGGAAAGACGAGUAAUUUGUCGAUUCGGGCCCGAGGACACAUUGUGGCAGCUAUUAAAUCUGCAAUCGACGAAGAUCUGCGUCUCAUGACUCUCUCCCAAGGUGGCAGGAUGGGAUGGGCACCCCCAAAUGCUACACUCUCAGACAAGGUGUUUCUCCUUGAAGGAUGCCACUUUCCGGUGGUUUUGAGACAUCGAAUUAACCAAAGAGAUAAGGUGAUGCCCGGAUACCGAGUGGUCGGCCAUGCAUACGUUCAUGGAGUGAUGCACAACGAAGUCUGGUCCAAGAUGGGGACAGAAGAUUUGCAGCCGCUUUCACUGUAUUGA